CUGACAUCGAAGCUCUGGGCAGCAGUGACGGAGACGACAGCAGAGGUAUCACGCUAGUCAUGGAUCUUUAUAUCCUAGCUGACAAGUACGGGAUGCGCUCGUUCAUUGAUGCCACGACGAACCAUUUGGAUACGCUGUUGCACGACUCGGAAGAUGUCGCGAUCCUCAAAGCAGCCAUACACCAUCACUACAACUCGGGCCCAGAGACCAACAGCAUGCUGGGUAAACACAUCACCUCGGCUCUCGUGGAACCUAAUUGGAAGCAUCUCACCUCUGAUUAUUUUGAGACUACGGCGAUCUCAUUCAAAUCUUUCGCUACGGACUUCGCCCUGGCUCUUGAGCGCAGCGGUCAUCUCGAGUUGGACGAUGUCAAGUGUGCCAACUGGGAUUCUGGCCACAUCAACUGGGUGGACAUCCAUCAGGUCCGCAGCAUGGGCAACAAUGGAGUUCACUGUAACCUAUGUGGCACGGCUAUAGACAUUCUCAAAAGUCAGAUGAUAUCUGCUUUUGCCGGGCGUCUGAGGGCUUGAGUAUACAGGUGAAGUUGAGCAUCGUUCACUGUAAGAAGCGGAGGCUUGGGAGCGAGUGGCAUAACCCUUUUAGGGUCCUCAGCGUGAAAGAAGCCCGAAGGUACAUGGAUGACCCUGAAUUCAUGAAUAACCACAAAUCACGUG